AUUUCACACUUCAUUUCUCUCAAAUUGUUGCAGGCAUGACUUCUCAAGAAUUACGGUUCUCUCUCGCGGAACGCACGCCCCAGGGCAUCAAGUCGACGGGGGAUAGCGGCGAAUCCGUCUCCAUUCAAGACGAAAAGAAGGUCAAGAGCAUUCUUGACACAAUUCACAACACAAAGGUCGAAGAUCACCAUGGCAAGACCGACUGGAUUCUGCUGGGCUACAGCGGGCCGGACCUGAAGAGCCUCAAGCUGCUGGGCCACGGAUCCGGGGGCCUCAGCGAACUCAGGUCCCAGCCCUUUCCCGAGGACUCGGUGGCCUAUGCGCUUCUUCGAGUGGUCGACAAAAUCGACGACGUGAUGACGACUCGAUUUAACUACAUUACUUGGGUUGGGGAAAAGGUCAAUGCUGUCAUGAAUGCGCGGAUUGGCGUCAAGAAGACGGCCGUGACGAGGGUGAUCGGCCAUUAUUCCGUCGAAACACUCGUUUCUAACAAAUCUGAACUAUCUGACGAGAACAUCCUUGGCCGCGUUCAAGACGCCUCUGGAUCGCGAUCUAAGGUCAAGGAGUACAAACCCCCUUCAAAACCACAGAGCACGUCGCCGGGAGGCACCGACAGCACCGUCUUCAGCUACGUUCCUAAGGGACAGGGCGAUCAACUCCGCGUUCAAGAUGAUCAGGCCGCUCGAGACGUCAUCAAGUCGGUGCGACACGGCACCGGUGGUCUCAACUGGGCUAUGCUCACCUAUUCCUCUCCUUCUUGUCUUGUUCUGAGCGCCAAGGGCACUCGAGGGCUCUCUGAAGUCAGGUCGGCGCUGAGGGACAACGAGCCCGCCUACGUCUUCCUCUCCAUGGAUCAGACCGUGGACUCAACCACCAUGAGGCGCUUCAUAUACAUCCGCUGGAUCCCAGACGGCCUUCCAAACUUGAAAAAAGGAAAACUGACUCCGCACAGGGGAUUCGUGGAGGACUGGCUCGCGCCCUAUCACCUGAACAUCAACGCGGUCAACUCCGAGGACAUCAGCGACAAGGCCGUAUCUGAGAAACUUGACGUGUUGAAGGGCUAAUGUAAAAGCGUACGGUGAUUCGUACUAUGUA